AUGAUCAUUUUCGCCAUCCGCUCGCUGCUGGCGACGCCGCUGCCCGGCUCGGCCCUGUCGCCGCCGCCGCCGGGCGCACCGAGCUCUCCGCCGCUGCUCAACCUGCUCUUCUUCUUGCAGGACGACACCGGCUACAACGACUUUCUCACCUCCACCGACUACGCCGGCGUUUACAGCGACGCGAACGCCCUGUGGCGGCAGCGAGGCAUCCUGGUCGACCGGACGUACGCGGAUAUGGUUUGCGCGCCCAGCCGGGCGUCCUUCAUCGCCGGCCGGCCGAGUCACCUCGUGCAGCCCAAGGUUUUUUCGCGCUCGCAGGAGGUGACGCUGAUGCAAAAGCUCAGCUCCACUGGCUACCUGAGCUACAUGGUCGGCAAGCUGCUCGAGAACCCGCUCGCGUACGACUCGGUUUGCGGCCAUAAGACGAACAAAUACAACGUGUACUACAUGGAAAACACCGCCUUUGAAAACAGCGCCUCCUCUGCUCUGGACCCCUUUAUGCGGCGGCACUACGCGGACGCCGAGGACUACUACUCGCCGACCGAGCUGCAGGAGGAGGCGUUCCGCUUCCUGAACGACCACGUUGCCAGGUACGGGAGCGCCGGGAAGACCGCCGGCGUGCCACUCUUUCUGUACUUUGCGACGAACGCCAUCCGCGAUUCCGGCGACGACGACUCUCAUCCGAGCCGUUUCUACGCCAAUUGCACGCACGUCGCGAACCCGCAGCGCAGGAAUGGGUGCGCCGCCUCGGCGACCAUCAACCUCGCCAUCAGCGAGCUGACGUCGUACAUGGACACCCUCUCGUCCGACGACUGGCUCGGCAUCGUCUCGAGCGACAACGGAGGCUCUGCUUGGAACUUCAACUCGCCAGGAAACAACUAUCCUCUCCGAGGGAACAAGAACGAGAUCUUCGAGGGGGGCGUGCGGGUGCAGAGCAUGAUCUGGGGGACCUAUCCGCCACUCCUGUCGAGCAGGAUGAUUGGACACACGUACUCGGCGGGGUUCGUAUCGAUUUUCGAUUGGCACGCGACCUUUGCGGAGCUCGGCGGCUGGACAACCGCAGGUGGCGCCGAGGACGACCACAUCAACAACGGGGUCAACUACCUUGGCGACAUCUUGGAGAACCGCACCGCGCGUCCCGAGCUGCUGUUUGUCAGUGGUUCCGGCUCAGCCUUUCUCCUCAACGGGACGUACAAGCUGCUUGAGGCAGUGCCGUACGGGCCAGAGUCGAUGAAUGGGCCCAACUUGGCAACUAAACUUCGGGGGCACGCGUGGCCGGUUCGGGGCGCCAGCACAGAGCUGUACUUUGCCAGCCAGAUCGAGGUUGCAAGCAGUGCUUCUUAUCCGUCGAAUGAGGCCACGUGCCGAAAGCAAAACGGCAAGUACACUGUAGACUCAUGCGGACGGCUCCUUUUUGACAUCGAGGCCGAUCCGGAGGAGUCCACAGACCUUUCCGGCUCAGACGUCGAGCUACUGAACCAGCUGAUCGAUCGGCUGCAGCGAGCAAAGGCCAGCAGUGCCGGGCUAGUGAUGGCGCCCGACAGCGAUAUCGGCCCCGAUGGCACGUCGUGCGCAUCUGCGCCCUCGUGGGACAUCCCGACUUGCGUGCGGGCCACUGACGACUCGAGCGUCUACAACAAGCAGGCGCCCGUGAGCGACCUGUCAUAUGCCGACAGCACAACGGGACGGCCGUGGGCCGAGUGCGGCCAAUACACAAGCCACACGUGGGGCGUCGACCUCGGGAGCGAGGUGUAUGUGCGCUACGUGCGGCUGCAGAACCGCAACGACUGCUGCGCGGAGCGGCUGACGGACGUCGACAUCUAUCUCGGCUCGACGGCGGAGAC